AUGACCGGGCACUCAGAGGCGUCUGCUCUCGACGCCUCGUCCGCCAAGCUGUUGCCCCUGCUACGCUCCCGACCGCCGGCAUGGCCGGUGUCUGGGCCGUGCGGCUGCUGCUGUGCCCAUCGUCGUGGCCUGUCGAUAUGGCCUCUCGCCGGCCAGCGAGCUUCGGCUCGCCAGACCAGCUCGCCCUGGUCCCGGACAGGUCGCCAGCAGACAGUGCGGACGACGACGACGUCGGCAGAGUCCCUCUCGGCGCAGCAGCCGCCGUCACUGCCGCCAUUGUCCCCACCUGUCGACUAUCAUUUUCCCUUUGGCAAUCCCUCGCUGCUCAUAGCCACGCUGCCGAGCCGGCAACACGCAGCCUAUGAGAGCACAGCCAGCUCUUCCUCGGCCGGAGUCGUUCUUUCUCCGCGUCCAUCACUCUCCACUCUGCGUCCAACGAGAGAGCGGUCCCGACAGUCCCGCGAAAGUCGCCGUCUGCGAAAAGCAGAGACGCUGCCACUAGCACACAGACACCACCCCCCACGGCAGACGGAACAGCAGCCGGACGGCCGGCCUGAUGCGGUGUCGCCGACACCAACGGCUACAACAACGGCCGAAACAGCCACAGACGGAGACGCCCCGCCUGCAACGACAGCAACCGAGCAGCCGCGGUGGUCGGAGCCGGUGUACGUGCUGGGCAGCGAUCCGCGGGCGACGUAUCUGGCUCACAUGUUGUCGGGCUUGCCACAUAGCCCGCCGGUACGACUGCUGCUGUCGGGCCGGGCGAUGACGAACUGGCUCGAAGAGGGCCGGCGGGUACGGCUGGUACGAGCAGGCGUUGUGCAGCCGCGAGCCCGCGUGGUGGCCGAGCUGCUCGAGCAGCCGACAGAUGCGGCACUGCUGGCGGCAGCAGCAGCAGCAGACGCGCCACCCAACACGCAGCGCCGGGUCAGGUCGCGGCACCGGCACAUCGAGAACCUGGUGGUGACGCUGCCGUGCGCGCGCAGCAUCAGCGCGAUCCGCUGGCUGCGGCACCGCAUCGACCAUCGCACGACCAUCUGCCUGCUGCAGUCGGGCCUGGGCGUGGCCGAGCGGCUCAAUGAGCUGUUCUUCGCCGACGAGGCAUCCCGACCGCGUUACGUCCUCGGCUACAUGACGCACGACCUCGGCUACGGCAACCAUGACCGCAACUUUUCGCUGACAGAGCUGGUGCCCGGAAUCCUGCGUCUGACGGCCUACUAUCCGGACACAGGAGCACACAAGACGGGUGGUGCAGACGUGUCUGGCGGCGAGCUGCAGCUGGUGCGGCUGCUGGGCCUGACGCCGACACUGGGCGCAGGCGGCUACGAGGUGGACGAGUUUCUGCGGUGGAAACUGCCGGAGAUGGUGUCCACGGCAGCUGUAGAGCCGAUCGCGACCGUGCUGGACCUGGCGCCCAAUCUGGUGUGGCGGAACGGCGAGGCGCGGGCGCUGGUCGAGGGCCUGAUACACGAGAUGGUGGCUGUGGUGGCGCGGCUGCCCGAGACGCAAGGGUCAGCGAUGCUGGCCGAGUUUGUGCAGAGCGGCAUGCUGGCACGACAGGCCCAACAGGGACGGCAAAAGGGGCCACCACCAGCACACGAAGACGUCGACGGCCUGGCGGCCCAGCACCGAGAGACGAGGCUGCGGUCAGUGCGCGCGACGACGCAGCAGUCGACCGUCGAGUGCCGGAUGGCGAAGCUGGUGCGUGAAGGCCGCGUGACGGACAUUCACUUUCUCAACGGCUGGUUUGUGCGGCGUGGCCGCGAAGUCGGCGUGAGCUGUCCGCUGAACGAGAUGGUCAUGCGGCUGGUGCGGGCGAAGCAGAUGACGGGCCGUGCGCAGAUGGACAGCUACGUCCCGCUGGUGACGGAAGACGCGGCCGCAGCAGAACAGCCUGCGUCUCCACGACAGCCGCUGAUGGCGCUAAAAAAAAUCCGCUGGAAUUCUGCCGGUAAUUCUACCCCGCUGUCACGGACGCUCCACGACGACGUGUCUGCACAGCAACGACGGUCAGCGACGAGCAGAAUGGAAGACGACGAACUGAAGCGGAUCCGUGAAGAGCGUCUCCGGCAGCUCAAGCAGCAGGGCGCCGGCGGAGGAUCGGAUCAGCAACAACAGCAACAACAGCAGCAGCAGCAGCAGCAGCGCCAAGAAGCUCGCAAGGACAUGUUGAACCAGAUUCUCGAGCCCGAAGCUGCCGACCGGCUGGCGCGCAUCCGGCUGGUCCGGGAAGAGCGCGCGACCGCCGUCGAGGACCGCCUGCUAGGACUCGCCCAGUCCGGUCAGCUGCGCGCAAAAGUGUCCGAGGCCCAGCUCAAGGACCUGCUGCAGCGCCUGUCGGACGCCGAGGACGCCAAGCACGGCUCCGGCAGCAUCGUCGUCGAACGGCGGCCCAAGGGCUACCUCGACGACGACGACGACCUGGACUUUUAG